AUGACCAGCGAAGAACCUCUUCCAAAAAAGGUUCGACUCAGUGAAACAGACUUCAAAGUUAUGGCACGAGAUGAGUUGAUUCUAAGAUGGAAACAAUAUGAAGCUUAUGUUCAAGCUUUGGAGGGCAAGUACACAGAUCUUAACUCAAAUGAUGUAACAGGCUUAACGGAGUCUGAAGAAAAACUAAAGCAACAGCCAGAGUCUGCACGCAGGGAAAACAUCCUUGUAAUGCGACCAGCGACCAAGGAACAAGAGAUGCAAGAGAGUACUACUCAAAUUCAGUACCUCAAGCAAAUCCAGCAGCCGAGUGUCGCCCAACUGAGAUCAACAAUGGUAGACCCAGGGAUCAACUUGUUUUUCCUAAAAAUGAAAGGCGAACUGGAACAGACUAAUGACAAACUGGAACAAGCCCAAAAUGAACUGAGUGCCUGGAAGUUUACGCCUGAUAGCCAAACAGGCAAAAAGUUAAUGGCAAAGUGUCGAAUGCUUAUCCAGGAAAACCAAGAGCUUGGAAGGCAACUGUCCCAGGGUCGUAUUGCACAGCUUGUAGCAGAGUUGCCUUUACAGAAGAAAUAUAGUGAGGAACUUAAAAGCAGUCAGGAUGAACUGAAUGACUUCAUCAUUCAACUUGACAAAGUAGAAAGUAUGCAGAGUACCAUUCCAGUUCUUCAGCAGCAACUGAAGGAGACAUGCCAGCAGUUGGCCCAGUACCACCAGCAGCAGCAGUCUCAAACCUCAGCCCCAAGUACCAGCAGGACUAUAUCUUCUGAACCCGUAGAACAGGCAGAGGCCACAAGUAAAGACUGCAGUCGUCUGGCAAACGGACCAAGCAAUGGCAGCUCCUCCUGUCAGAGGACGUCUGGGUCUGGAUUUCACAGGGAGGGGAACACAACAGAGGAUGACUUUCCUUCUUCUCCAGGGAACAGUAAUAAGACCUCCAACAGCUCAGAGGAGAGAACUGGCAGAGGAGGUAGUCGUUAUGUAAACCAACUCAGUGCGGGGUAUGAAAGUGUAGCUCCCAUGGGCAGUGAAAAUUCUCUCACACACCAUUCAAAUGACACAGACUCCAAUCAUGACCCUCAAGAGGAGAAAGCAGUGAGUGGGAAAGGUAACCCAACUGUGGGUUCCCGCCACAUCCAGAAUGGCUUGGACUCAAGUGUAAAUGUGCAGGGUUCAGUUUUGUAAU